AAAGCUAACGUAAUAGUCCAUAUUGCUGGUCGCAUUGAUUUUCAAAAUGUUCAAAAUAAAGAAUUUCAUAUUCUUAAGCAGGUAAGUAAAAUUGUAAUAAUUGUAUUAUUAAAUGAAAUAACGGGCAAAGCUGUCUGGUUGUCGUGCAGUAAAUAAAGUUUUAUUUAGCAAACGGUACACAAUUAUAAUAAAGUAAAACUGAAACAAAAAAGUAGAAGAUCCGUUUGUUAAAUAUUAUUUUUAUUUUGGUGGGUUGGUGUUAGUGCGCAUGCUUGGCGUCCUAGGGAUGUUUCAAAAGUGGUUCCAACCUCUGUUCCUGUUGUCGUCAACCUGUCAAAAUGUGCUUUAAGUUGGUAGUUGUGUUAUUAAAAUUGUUUUCUUUUUAAACGUUUUAAAACAAUGUUAUAAUUACUGUAAUAGAAACUGUGUACGCUUAAAACGUCAAUAAAAUGCUUGAACCCCGAGAUGUAGCUGAGAAGAAAUUAAAUGCUGAAACCAAUAGAUUAAUUGGUGAAGUACAGCUGCUUCAGUACGGCAAUUUUUUAGAUAAGUACAGUGCUGAUUUAAAUCAUUUUAAAGAGAAGCUUCCAAAUAGAUUCAACGUGCGAUUAGAGCCAAUUUUACUUCAGAGCUCUAGAACUGAAAAUGUGUCUCUGUUGCAUUUAGUACACUCAGAUAAUAAGCUUUUGAGUCGAAUUUUGGCCAGUUUAGCUGCUGUUUGUGAAGAAAUUAAUUUACUAGUGGAGGAAGCCAGGACGUACUAUCCCGUUUUUGUUUUCUAUGGGGAAGGGAAAAAUAGUACAAAGGAAGACCUGAAAUCAAUUUCGUCAGUUGUUGAAGUUCUGCAAAAAGUUAGUUGUUUUAUUGAACGUUGUUACCACGUUAUUGCUUUAUUAUUCCAACAACUAUGUGCCAUUCUGGGAAAGGAAUAUAAUACGAUUCGAUCAGGAACAUGCUUUCCUGAGUUGUUAGAUUGCUUGGCCGAGUUGUUGGUUUGUUUGUUGACUUUUGACAGCUUAUUUUCAAAUCAAACGUUACUAAAGGAUCAUUGGUUGUUAUACUGGAGGUCUGUUAAGGGUAUUUUACACAAUCCAGGGAAGUUUCAGCUCACUCGAGAACAAGUUAGGUCGCUUGAUAAAAAUUUGGCAAGCAUUGAUAAUACACUUUUGACGGGAAAUAUAUUUAAGACUGCGUUAGAAAAAUGUCUUGAUGAAAAAGUGAUCCUCGUUAUGAAAAACAGCAGUCUUUCGAAUGAGAUUUCGGCCUACAUUAAUCAGUUACUAACCGAACUAGAACGGGACGAAGAAAAUAUAUUUUUUACCCAAGUUUGGUUGCAAGUGAAUUGUCUUGUUGUUCUGGAACAUUGCUUGUUUGGUUCGACUGAUAAAAAACUAGUUAAGAGACUGAUUGAAGUCAAUAAAAAGGCCUCUGCUUGCACCCUCUGUGGGAAUGUUUUGUGGUACCCUGAACAAUUUUUGUUAAAACAUGUUCCGUCUUUAAGCAAAUUUCUUGAUGAAAAAACGUUUGAUAAUAUCAGACUUGCAAAAAUUGCCUUGCGAAGUCAGAAUUUACCGAAGGAAACGCAUCUCCUGUCGCUCCAGGCUUGCCAUUGGAUGAUUGAGAUAGAUAGAAUCACCCAAAGAAAUUUAACCAGUUUUGAUGUCAAACAUCUACACGAAACGUCCAAUUUAUUAAUAGACGGGAUAAAGCUAAUUAAAAAAAUCAGCGAAGUGGUCAAAUGGAUUACAAAUUUACAUGCCGACAAAGACCGGCCGAUGGCCAAAUCCGUGCUUUUGUCGCUCUGUCGCCUCGUUGAAAUUUUGAAGUGUUUCCAAUUUAUUUUCCAUAAGAAAUUGCAACCGCUUGUUUAUAUAAUUUCGCUCAUUUUGCAACAUUUGUCGCACAAAGCCUUGACAUUGUUGCGCAAUAUACGUAAGAGUUUAACUCAAGAAAAAUCGUACAAGGAACAACAGUUAGAUGUUCUAUCCGCUUUAAAUGUUUGCGAGCAAAAUCUAAAGGGACCUAACACAAACCAACGAAUUUUAAUAGCAAAAUUGUCUUUGUCAGCCAGUGGAUUAUCCUGCGAUCAUUUAACUGAGAUAAGGUCUGUGAUAAACCGUUUAGAGUUAAUUUGUUGUGUACAUUCUAUAUUAAAUCGACUAUGUGAUUGCUCGUUUUUAUAUUGGCACCAAAUCUAUAUGUUGCCUGUGUAUUUUUCAAAACUAAUUGAAACCAAAGCUGACUUAUCUAGACAUUAUUUAAUACUCAGUGCUUUAAGUGAUUGUGCUCUUAUUGCCGGAGAUAAAAUAUCCGGAUCGACUGACACUUGUCUUAAACAAAACCUGUUUGGACCUUUAAAUCAAAUUGUUGAAACUAAUUUACGCCUUCAAACGCAUCUACAUUUACAACUGCCCCCCUCAGAUCCAUUCAAAAACACCCUACCAUUAAACUUCGCCAAAUUUAAUCCAGCGAGGAUGGACAAGUAUUACAUAAGUAUUAAAAAAGAAACUGAACAUUAUUUGAGUACGAUGUUUUAUAAUUUAACAACGGUGGUCUUGCAUGAUUGGAAAACCUACGGCGAGAUGAGAAGACUAGCACGUCUUCAAUACGGGUUGGAAACAGUCGAGGACAAUCUUCCAAUGCAAACACUUGAACAAGGUUUAGAUGUUUUAGAAAUAAUGAGGAAUAUAAAUGUUUUUGUCGGAAAAUAUUUGUACAACUUAAACAAUCAAGUAUUCGUUGAGGAAUCAAGCAAUAAUAAACAUUUAAACACCAUUAACAUUUCGCAUGUUGCCAACUCCAUCCGAACUCACGGAAUAGGUAUAAUGAACACGACGGUCAAUUUUACCUACCAGUUUUUGCAAAAAAAGUUCUAUAUUUUUUCGCAAUUUAUGUUUGAUGAGCAUAUAAAGUCCCGCUUGCUGAAAGACAUGAGGUUUUUUUCGGAACAUAAGCUAGAUCUGAGCCAGAUGUAUCCGUAUGAGCGGGCAGAUAAGUUCAAUAUCGGGAUCAGAAAUUUAGGAUUGAACCAGAACGGUUUAAGUUACUUGGACUUGUUCCGGAAACUGAUCACACAAAUUGGCAAUGCCAUGGGUUACGUCCGGUUAAUCCGCUCAGGUGGACGUCGUUUUCUUGCCGACAGCACUUGUUUUAUCCCAAAUUUAAAAGAAAUCGACCAAUUAAACGAGCUUAUAAGCCAGGAGGCCGCGUCCGAAUUGACGAAACAAGCCGCAAACUGUUUGAUGAGCGAUCUAAAGGCACUAGUUGAAAAUUUUGAAGAAGCAACAGAGUAUUUUAAACUUCUUGUUAAGGUUUUUAUACCGGUCUUCAGAAACCCGAGCAACAUACAUUUGAAAAAUUUUUACAUAAUCGUGCCACCACUGACAAUAAAUUUCGUUGAGCAUUCGUUGACUUGCAAAGAACGAUUAAAUAAGAAAAAUAAAAAUGACGCCGCAUUUACUGACGAUGGGUUUGUUAUCGGGCUUGCUUACAUUAUUGAACUUUUGGGGCAAGAAAGCCAGUUAAAUUCGCUACACUGGUUCAACUCAGUUCAAGCCAAGUUUGAACUUGAUAAAAAGAAGAUCGAGGAACAGAAAGCCGUUGCGAGCAAGCAAGACGAUAAAUUGCAACAGACCUUGCAACUUUCUGAGAAACGAAUUAAUGCCUUCCAACGGGAAUUUCGGCUGCUUUAUUAUAGCUUCAGCAGUGCGCGGAUAUUUUUCCAGGCCUAAAGUGCAAUACAUGAAGUUGGCAAAGCCAAUACACGCCUAUUAGUGCAAUUACGCUAAACUUAAAUGCAUUCCCCAUAUUUCUUGUAUUCAUAUUAUAUUUUAUUAAACACCAAACUGUUGUGUAAUCUUUUAUAAAAAUAAACAUUUUCAACAAU